ACAGGAGGUAAUCACGUGAUGCACAUGAAGACAGUAGACUCUAAUCCGGGAGAUUUAUGUACGCGAUCGAAUGGCAAGUUACUGCUUCACUGUGUUUGCAGGCUCAAAGGUAGGAGUGAGACCAGAAUAUCUAACAGCAGCCAAAGAGCUUGGGAAAGCGUUAGCAGAACGAAGAUGUAGUCUCAUAUACGGCGGUAGCAGUUUGGGACUUCUAGGUGCUGUCGCCAAAUCUGUGGAGGAUCACGGUGGUAAAGUGACGGGCAUCUUACCCAAAUUCUUUGCUGAACGAGAAGGACACACAGCCAUUGGUGAGGAAGUACUUGUGGAGGAUCUCGCUGCUAGGAAAGUUAUUAUGCUUGAAAAGAGUGAUGGGUUCAUUGCUUUACCGGGUGGCUUUGGCACUUUAGAUGAGUUCUUUGAAGUUCUAGUUCUGCGCCAGCUGAAUCAAAGCAAGUCACCUAUUGGUCUUCUCAAUGUAAGCAACUACUAUCAACAUCUGACCAAAUUGAUUUUGUUGUGGAUGAAGGCUUUGCUAUCCAAGAUCACAGAAAUCUGUUUCUAGUUUCAGAUAAGCCUGUACAACUGGUCGACAUGCUGAUUGGUAACUUGAAAGGCAACUGAGUCCAUGUUUGUCUGAACUUUUGUGUAUGUAUCAUGCGUGAUUUAGAGCAUGGCGGCCAUUUUGUGCUAGGAAUUAAAUUCCCUAUGUGUUUCAUUUUAUCACUAAUAGCAAUAGAGUUAUUAUUGCGUUCGUAUCUGA